GAGGGCGCUCUUUAAGAAGCGAAUCGCAGCUUUUUCGAAUGCACUUUUUUUAGGCCCUCAUCCUGUUCGUACAUGUAGAUCAGAUGAUUUAUAUUUCUUGACUCGCCAUCGCAAAGACGUUUGUGAACAUGGGAAGCAAUUCCAGGGUGAAAGACAAGAAGUCUUCCUCUAAGCGACGUGCCAGCAGCAGUGAGAGGAGCAGCAGCAGUGGUAGCAGCGACAGUUACAGCAGCUCAUCAGAAUCCGAAUCAGAGGUGAAGUUCAAGAAGCAGAAGUUGGACUCUUCGACCAAGAAGCAACGCCGGCGAGAAAAGAAACGAGAGGAGAGAAAGAAGAAAAAGAAGGAAUUGAAUAAAAUCUCCAAGGAAGACUUUUACAACAAGAGCACGGAGUUCAGAUUAUGGCUGGUUGAAGAGAAGGGCAAGUACUUUGACCAGCUUUCAGGUUCCAAAGCCAAGUCGUACUUCAAGAAGUUUGUGAAAAAGUGGAACAGCGGAAAGCUUGGAAAGAAAUUUUACAGAGGGAUCGACCAUGAGGACGCACGAACGUCUCUGACCAGAUAUAAAUGGAAGUUUGCGGAGGUUCACACACCCCCCAAGAAACUAGACAUUGCCAAGUACGGCGACAGACACAACACCACACGGGCCGGGGAGCACCUGACCCCCGUGGCAGAUGCACUCCUGAAGCCCAGGACCUUCUCCACGUUCGGCAAGCCCUCGGUAGCGUCGGGUUCCGCAGAGGACGAUGGGCAGCGUGUGAUUGGCCCCACUCUGCCUGUGAUCGCGCAGGGCAACACAUGGCCCGUCCAGGGCCCAAUGCUACCGGGUUCGACAUUUUCUCAAGCAGGGCGUGAAGAGAGACAAGAACGGAAUGCACAGCAGCUCAGGAAAGAGAGACGAGAUUUCAGGAAACAUAACGAAAUGGUGAUGGAGGAACUCGUCCCCAAGGCUACCGGCCAUGAGGCCAAGAUCGAGAAGCGGCUGGGGCGGGCGGAGCAGAGACGACGGAGGGGGGAGAGCCCCGAGACGAGAGAGUCGUUCCUGUACGGCGGAAAGAGCGACAUCCAAUCGCAGCUGGCAGCCCAGCGUCAGAAGAAAGAGCAACGACGGGAGCGCUUGGAGGACCGAGCCGCCUCUAAGCUGGAAGAAUACCGGGCCAAGGAGAAGGCCAAAAUGACGGCACUCUUGGAGCAAGCCAGAGCCAACAAAAGUGAGAACGCCCUGUGGUGAUCGUGGCAGGAGGAGGGUCUGGGCGGGUGGGGCGAGCAGGAGGGUGUGGUUCGAAUCCCACCCCAAACCACUACAGGAUCAAGGAGAUCCUUGGAUGCAAGGAAUAUGUGCGUCUUGCAGACAUGUUGGCUACUUUCUGCCACAUUGGCCACUUUCUGUAGGAGGGAAAAAAUGGAUCCCUUUUUUUCUUGAUCAAGAAUUGAUUACAGCAGCUUUUAAAAUCAAUGCCAUGGCUUUUCUAAACAGAAGACCAUGCAGUUUCUGAAUAGACACCAUAGCUUCUGCUAUGAAGCCUUUUGUUUUCAAUUGAAGCCCGUGGUUUCUGAAUAAAAGCCUUUUUUUAAUGAGGCUCACAGCAGAUGUUUAAACCUAAACCCUAAGGGUAUAAGAAAACUUCAAUUAAAAACUGCAGGAUUGAGGACUCAUAGGUGUAAACCGUGACUGCUGAGAUGAGUAUCAAAUUACUCAAACUCAGUCAUUAACUUCCUUCCUCAAUUGCAUUCUUGAGCAAAUUCAAGAGCAAACAAUACUUUUACCAUGAAGUCAGUCAGUGCUUGUUUGUGUGUUUACAUAACACACUCCUGCUUGUGAGACCAUAAUUGUUGGCCCAUUGACGUGAGCACAAUUUCAGGACAAAAGUAAUUUGAAUAUUUUUAUCAAUAUAACAUUCCUUUUAACAUUUCGAAGUUUGGUGUGUCCAGUGAAUCUUUUAGUUUUCUCAAGUUUGUAAAUAACAUAUAUGAUUCUAAACUAAAGAGGUAUAUCUUUUCUUCGGGGGUUUUGUACACGCUCUUAAAUUGCAGUUGGAUAGGUUUUUAAAAUUUAUUUUUAAUUUCUUUUGUUUUUAGAUUUCUUCAGAUCUUUGUAUUCUCUGUAUUGUGAGUUUUGAUGAUUUUGAAGCAACAAUUCCUCACCUUAGAGAGGGGGCAGAGCUGUGAUGUAUUCUUGGCAGGAGGGGCCUGAUCUCACAGCCCUGCCUAUUAUUAAAAGGAACAUGCUUAGUACAUGUAGAUAUGAACAUUCAUCAGAUUGGUUAGUCUGGUUCCCCAACCAAAGAUACCCUGACGUCACUUGAUAAAGGUUUUGGUCAGGUACCAAGGUCAAGGGUCACAAGGAAAGCCCUAGGUGGAUCCUAUGGUCAGAUGUACAUGUACAUGCAGGCUGUUAAUGUUGGUGGUCACUUUGAAAACUUGCAAGAAACUCCAAAAAAUGCAUAUAGGAAUGGAGCAACAUUGAGUUGCAUGUAGGCAACAUUGAAAAGAAAAAAACAUGUCUCAUUUUGCAUACAGACACAGCCGGAAAUACCCAAACAUCAACAAUGCUAUUUGCAUGUGGACUGAAUGAAUCCGGAAUAUUUCGGCUAUUUUCGGAAACUGGAGGAAUUCCUCCAUUUUUUGGUCACUUAGACAUUGGGUGAUACUGGACCCUUGAUUCGACAAACAUAGUCGGAGUCAUCAGGUCUGGUAUUCAGACUACGGAUUGGUGAGCUUUUGGGUACAUUUACUCGCAUCUAAUUGGAACAUUUCAUUAAAGGAACCCAAGAAAACCAAAUGAGAUUCUUUCCUUUUUAGGGUUUUAUUUGUCUUGUACAAGAACAUUGUACAGUGUAUAAUGUGCAUGUACAUUUUGAUUUUAUGCUGUUUAUUUGAAGAAAGAUUUUUAUCAUUAAAUCUAGAAAUGGUGAUGGAAUCUUGGUUGUUGAUGCUAGUCACUUUAAAUUAAUCCCCAUUUAAUUCACAAAGUAGCUGCUCUUCAUGGGAAAUAACAUUUUCAUGGAAUAACCUCUCCCACAAAAGGGUAAAAAAUUAGCAAGCCGCUCCAAAGCAAAAUAUAAUGUCACCCUGGGGUAUUUUGUAAAUUGCUAAGCCUGUAAGUAUUAUUUCCCUAUUUGGUGAGCGGCCUCGAUGAGUUGAUAACUUGGAAUGUUUUCCGUUUGAUGAGUUGAAAUCUGCUCUGUAAAAUAAGAGGCUUUCUGUGGAGCUACCUGAUUGCCGUCUUUAGUUUUGGCCAACCACCAAAAAGCAUCCACUUGUUUGCUUUAUAGCGGAUUGUCCUGAUACUGCCCUCUUGAGGCAACAGAAUAUCACACACGUCCAACGUCUUGAACCAAGACUAUGCUGGGCAUUGUACAAGGAACAAAAAGGGAAGCACCAUUCCUUGUAUUGAACUCCAGUAGACUUCUAUCCUGAAAACGCCUCACUUUGCAUAUGUGUGCUUUCCUGGGUUGCUCAUUGGACCGUGGGCUCUCACUGGCUCCAUAGGACAGCGCUCCUGUAUUAAAGUCACGUUAUCAGACACAUACGCCUGUAUAUGUAUGCCCACUGGGAAACAGUGAAAAUAAACAAGAUAUGCCUUUUUUAAUGCCCUAUUUUCCUGUUGAAAUGUAUUGUGGACAUAAUAUACUUAGUAAAUGCAUUUAUGUGCAGGGCCACCGUAAUAUUACUGGAGUUAUAUUGAAUUUCCUUUUAUGAAAACUGAGAGAUACAAUUUGAGUUUUGCCGUAUUUCUGUUAAUGUUAAUCCCUAAAAUGUCGGGUUUUGUCGGUUCUCAACUUUUUCUUGGAUCUUAUAAUAAACAAAAGUAUUUCAACA